CUGACCUUUUGCCUUCUCUUUUUUCUUUUAGGGUUUCAUUACUUUCCUCCAUAAGGAUUUUCUUGAUUUUAGUUCUUACUUUCUUGAUUUCUCAACCCCACACAUGGAAGCUCAAGAUGAUCAAGAAAAUAAUGGAUCUUGUUCAAAAGGUCCUCCUUCUUCAAGUAACUUUAAGUUGAAGCUUAAGAUUGCUAAGCUCAUGAUGAAAGAUGAAGAUGAGAGUCGCGGAGAUGAGGGUGUUAAAGGAAAAAACUUUUUGGUGAAGCAAAAGAAAGAUCAUAUAUGUUGUGAAUGUGGUAAGGAAUUUAGCUCGGGAAAAGCUUUAGGAGGUCAUAUGAGUAGUGCACAUGUUCAAGCAAAUCAAAGAUUAGAAGAAUCUUGGAAGAAAAAGAAGAAUUUUACUCAAGAAAAAUCUUCAAGGUUGAUAAAAAGAAGAUUUGAUGAUGAAGAAAUCCUCGAAGAAGAAGAAGAAAUAGGUGAUGGGGUUUUUAAUAAAAUAAUUUGUGAAAUUUGUUUUAAGAGUUUUCCAUCAAAGAAAUCUUUAUUUGGGCACAUGAGAUGUCAUCCUGAUAGAGAUUGGAGAGGGAUGAAACCCCCAUUUAAAAAAAACACAAAAAAUGAGGGUUUUCAAGCUAAUUUUCUUGAUGAGGAGGAUGUGGAUGACGAGGAUCGUUUUGCUAGCAUUCGAGAUGAAGAAGUUGUGCCUCCUCUGAAGGGUUGGGGUGCGAAGGAUAGGCGAGGGAGAUCCCCUAAGAGGAGUUUAAGUAGUACUAAUUCGGAUGAAGAUAAGGACCUUCAUGACGCGGUUCAACAGCUUAUAAGAUUAGUCAAUGGAGACGAAAACAACAACAACAACAAUAAUAAUAAUAGCUCGGAGGUCAUGAUGGGCAGUAGCAAUUCGGUUGGCAGUAGUGCUUCUAAAGAAACUCCUUUUAGCGAUUUGAAGGAUAAAUCCAAGAGAAAGAUGGUUGUUGAUGAAGAAAAUUGCGAAGAAACUUCUCUAGUUCAGGAGAAGAGGAAGCGCGAGAAUGAGGAGGUCAAAUACAAAUGUAACGUGUGUGGCAAGAUUUUCGCGAGUCACCAAGCACUAGGUGGUCACAGAUCGAGUCAUAACAAGUUCAAGAUCAGUAUCGAGAAUACAAUCGAUCAUCCUCAUCAUCAAGAUCAAGAAAUUAAGGCUAGAAAUCAAGAAGAUCAUGGUCAUCAAGAUGUUGUUCAAUUGGGAAAUCAAGAAAUCAAUAAUUGCAACAUUAUUAUUAAUGAUCAACAUGGAUCUAAUAAUAAUCAUCAUAAUAAUGUUUAUAAGUGCAAAUUUUGUGACAAGAUUUUUCCUACUGGACAAGCACUUGGAGGUCAUCAAAGGAGCCACAUGACAAAUAAUCAAGAAGAAUCAUCAAGUCAAAUUGCAAGUAAAGUUCUUGAUUUUGAUCUUAAUGAAUUACCUGAUUUAGAUGAUGAUAGAUUGUUGUAAUAGAUGGUUCAAAUUAGGUUUUCUAUUUAGGAAUUUUAUUAUAUGGUUUUAUUGAAUCUUUAGGAUUUUUAAUUCUCCUUAGGAAUAGUAAAAAAGUUAUUUCUCAUUGAUAUAAUUAAGUUUCAAAGUCAAUUUCAUGUAAUUUCCUUUGAUUAUAGUAGUUGAUUUCUUUUGAUUUUCUU